AUGAAACCCUUGAAGGUCAAAGAUACAAAGUCGAUUCGAAAUUUUGUCGCAGCAGUCCGUGGAUUUAUCCUCAGGAUGGUGGAUGUUGGAGCAUCUGAUGAAGCGAAAAGUAAAUAUGUGUUUGCUGAUAUUCUGGCAAAAUUAAUGGCAGAAGAUCAAAGAGCAUAUGGAGUAUGAUUAAUACAAAGAAGGGUGAAAACCUCCCUGUUGGAGUAUUUAGAGGAAGAGUCGAAAUUAAUGGCAAGUAGUCAAACUAAUCAACGGCUUUUUAACGUUGGAUUUUAUCCCCCUUAAUGUGGACGGUGCUUACAAUGAUACCCCUGGGUGUGGUCUUAGUUGGUCCCAAAUACAUGGUUUAGGUUAUUGUCCGGUUUUUAAGAAAAUGAAAGUGAAGGGAAAAUGGGAAGUAGUGAUUCAGUCCAAAAGAUGUAAAAAAUGUUUGAAAACUGGACACAGACAUCAACAAUGUUCACGAAAAGCAUGUGAUAUCAACAGCUGUAGAAAAUCACACAAUUACCAAUUGCAUAAAGAUCCAAAACCAAAUGACAAAUGCAACCUGAAGCACAAUGUAUACGUAACGUCAUUCAAGCCGCACGGACUGGAAGCUAACAAAGAGGUGCUAUUUCAGCUAAUAGUGCAAGAACUGCAAAUGUACCAAUCCAAAAGGCUAAAGUGCACAGCGCUAAUGGAUAUGCUAUUGAAGGACUUGCCAUGGUCGAUCGAUAGUGGUUCCAAUCAGAGUCUGAUUCGAAAGGAGUUCGCGGACAAGCUCGGUUUGGUUGGAGAAACAAAAAAGAUGAAGAUGUAUGCUACAGGUGGUGGAAUAAGAGUUGAAGAUUCGGCGGAAUUUUAUUUAAAGAUUUCACCCUGCUAUGUGGUAGUGCCAAUAAUAUUAACAAACUUUCGUUGGUAGGGUUGCAAGUAAUUGAAAAAUAUAAGGAAAAUUUCGACGUUUCAAGCGCCUAAGGCCCUUUGUCUGGAAUAUGCAAAAAACAACAGCAAAUACAACAAAAUAUAUGAAACAAGUAUGGAAUAAGGUAAAAAUUAAGGAUGAUUUUGAUUUGUAAAAGCAGUUGUAGAUAUGGUCCCAAGUAGAAUGGAUUUAGUUUAUAUUUUUAACUGCUAAAUACAUAGACUUACUCUGCAUCGUAUAAAAAAGCAAUGCAAUUUUGAGAAUGUGGAAAUGGUCUCAUAAAACCUAGAAUUAUUUAAAUGCAACAUUUCUGAUCAAAAUCACAUUGGGAUCCCCAGCAUCACAUGGGGGAAAUAAGGUGACACUGACCCCUCCUCCUGUUUUUCAAGGUGACUUUUACAACUUAUUUAAUUCCGAAGAGAAAUGUCUGGGAAAAUUCAUGUCUUCGAUGUACUUUAUAGUCAUCGGAAUCAGUGUGCAAGAUUUCACUCCAAAAAUGCUUGAAAUGGCAUUUGAGGGACUCUAGAUUUCAAAAUCCCCCCCGUGAGACCGUCUAGGAUCCCCAGACGGUCUCACGCCUUUAGCGUCCGUUCCCCCCGAAAAUGAAGGUCUGGCUACGCUACUGAGACUAAGGGGUUAUUGGAGAAAAUGGAAGAUGUUUCGGGGUCUUUUUUCAAAAUAUGAACAUUCUUCCUAAUGACAUCUCUAAUAUUGAAAUUGAAAGGAUGAUAAGUUAGUACUAGGGGGAUUUUAUUGUUGCCUACGACAUUGGACACAGGCUCUGUAAGGGUCUUGGGAGGCCUUCGAAAAGGCAGUGUCGAUGAAGAGGUGGGAUAGCCACGUUGGACAAAAAAGUGUCUCAUUUCCAGGCUUUUGGCUUGGAAGUCCUCCUCUUCACUGUUUAAUUAAUGUGAAAGCCUACUCAGUAAAAAAGCCUUGCUAUGCAGCCAAAACUGUUUCAAAGAAAGCGGUAGCCCAUUUUCCACACUUAGUUUGCAUUGUAGAAGAGCUGCAUUUGAGGGCGGAUCCAGACGUCCAGUGAAUAUUCUAUUGGGAACAGAUCUGCCUGAAGCUCAUCGUAACUUUAAUUCAAAUUUCUAACGGGUAACCCUGGUGAGUCAAUUGCAAAGAAGAACAUCUUUGGUUGGUCAGUCGUUGAUCAUCUUGAAGAGAAAGGUGCACCUGGAAUCUUUGCCAUAGAAACUGUAGAUGAAAUAGCAAAAACCAGGUCAUAAAGAAAUCGAUUUUCCAAGAUCAACUGGGAAUGAAAGCGACUCGACAUUGUACAUGUUCUGAGAGGAAAAUGCACGAGUGUGCGUUCAUUAGACAUGUUCGGGAGUCCACCAAAGUUUUGAACGACGGAAGAAUCGAAAUUAAACGAGCCAGAGUGGUAUCUAUCGAUUGGAGAAGUCAAAAGUCCAGACAAGACUACCAAGUGCAGAUUGGUCUUUGAUGAUGCAGCAGCCAAAAUGGACAGAUUUCACUCAAUGAUGCUCUUGAAAAAGGUCUAUGCCUUAUGAAUUAUCUCCUUGAUGUCUUGAUUAGAUAGAAACAGAACAAAAUGGGGACAAACUGGCCCCUGACCUUGCCAUCAAUGUCAUUAACCUUUUUGCUGAUAGCGACCAAGUCAAAUUUCCAGAAGCAGCAAGGAUUCUGAAGGAUCAUACUUAUGUGGAUGACAUCGCUGGCUUGAAGACAAUACCAGAGAAAGCUAAAGAAGUUAUCCAUGGUAUCGAUGCAAUUUUUCGCAAUUUUACCAUUAAGCAAGUUUACCGUUAA